CAAGAUCUGCUACUGUGCACCGUAAUACCCGCUAACGUCCUCUGGCAUUCCUUCAGCGGACUUUAUGGAUCUAUAGCCUCAUCGCAUAUUUGACGUGGGGAUAAAGGAGAGUGCUCCGAGGAUUUAAAGCAAAACGAGAGGACUUCUUCACAGAUUGAAUCGGGACGCUUUCCCCCCUCGACGCGGGGAACUGGAUUAAGCUUCUUCAUGCAACUUUUUUGGAAAGAGACCAAGAGCACCUCACAGGGGAAUAGUAAAAACAUCAGCAACGUCUAGGCUCUUCUUUAGUAAUCUUGUGCCACAUGCCCUGCCGUUGCAGGUGACAUCGCGCUCUCUCUGGUUGCUGCAGGUGUCGCGUUCUCUCCCGGUCCCUCCGGGGAGAUGUACCAAGGUUUCUCCGGCGACCCAGACAGCGGUUCCCGUGGAAGCUCCUCUCCAUCUAUAGAGUCACAGUACCUUUCCUCCGUGGACUCCUUCGGAAGCCCGCCGACCACCAGUGCUCCGCAGGAGUGUGUGUCAGCGGGAGCUGGCUUGAGCAUUGUGGGCAGCGUGCCAGGGCCCAGUGUCGGAGCAGAGAUGCCCGGUUCAUUCGUGCCCACCGUCACCGCCAUCACCACCAGUCAGGAUCUGCAGUGGUUGGUCCAGCCGACCCUCGUCUCCUCCCAGGCCUCUGGGCAGAGUGGGUCCACUGGUACCACGACCAUGACCCAGUCAAUGUCAUUGGUUGACCCAUAUGACAUGCCAGGCCCCAGUUAUUCCUCGGGGUCUGCAUUCACCUCUCCAAGUUCGGACAAUCCAGGCCCAGCUCCGGGCCCGAUCCGCCAGUCCAGAACCCGCAGCCGCCGUACACGAGACGAGUCUGUGAGUGACGAUGGAGAUGUUGGUGUGUUACUAACACCAGAGGAGGAGGAGAAGAGACGUGUUCGGAGGGAGAGAAACAAGUUGGCUGCCGCCAAAUGUAGAAACCGACGACGAGACCUUACAGACAGACUGCAGUCGGAAACGGACGUACUGGAGGAGGAGAAGGCAGAGCUGGAGGCUGAGAUCUCUGAGUUGCAGAAGGAGAAGGAGCGUCUGGAGUUUGUCCUGGUGGCCCACCAGCCGACCUGUAAGAUCCCAUACCAGGACCAAUCUCAGCACAGCUCAGCGCAGCUCCCUCCCCAGACCUUACCACCUCCUGUCUCCAUUCUGGGCUUGGCUGUGAACGAGGACUCUUUCUAUCUGCCUCCUGCCUACACAGCCCAUCCGGCCUCCACACAGUCCCAGCCUCCGGUUCAGCAGCAAGUCCAGCAGCAGCCUCAGCCAGGGAUGAUGCAGGAGGUAGAGUUUUCUCGUUCUUUCUAUGGCUCAAGUGAGGCGGCACCAGGCGGGCCAUGCCACAUGGCCAGCGACAGUGGUGGUGGUGUUAACCAUGACGAUGCGGCCAUUGGCAGCUACAACACCUCAUACACAUCUUCAUUUGUGUUCACCUACCCAGAGGGAGCCUGCGGGGUCAGUGCCAACCAGCGGAACAGCAGUAGCGAGCAGUCUUCUGAUUCCCUGAACUCUCCUUCACUGCUGGCACUCUGACUGACCAACAGACACACGCACACACAUAUCAACAAGCACAUACAUUACGCUUGUCGGCAGUAGAGGCUGAAGCAAGUACAUGCAGAGUACCGAUCAGUCUCACAGAUUGGGAGAAAAGAACCAAUCAUUCGUUUCUGAUUGGGUUAAAGUUUACACAUUCAUGCAUUCCAAUCAAGAGCCAUACAAAUAGUUACAUUGGAUCUAACCGUUGACAACGAUACAUAAAUCAUAUCUUGUUUUGUAUUAUGAGAAUACCUGCAACUGGACAAGAUAAGUGAAAAAAAACUUGAGUUACAAAAUCAUGUCCAAGUUGCAAAUCGUGAGUGCUCUGAAUUAAAAGAUGAAUUCAAAAUGAAUAUUCUCAAUCGUUAACCUAACAGUACAUUGAGUAAGAUACCAGAAGCCAACUUUACACUCCAACAAGCACCAGUGCCCCCACCUUGUUCCCUCUGUCGGUUGAAUUUUCCAGUGCUCUUGCUCUCAUCCUUUUCCAUUCCUUUUCUCACUUCUUCCUCUCGCUGAAUGUAUUUGUGCAAAUCAGAAAUAGGCAAGAAGGACACUUUGUUCGGGUCUUUUGUGGGAGACAGACCGCUGAUUUCUCGCUCACCUCUAACCUCUCAUCUGCUCGACUUCCCUCUGCUUCUUCAUCUUGCUGCUUGGACUUGGCAAGUUGGGGAUCCGAGUGUCGCAGUCUCCACUAAAUAUUCUGCUUUCCGCUCUGUUUUCUUUAGUUUUUUUAUUCUUCUGUCGUCUGCCUACCUGCCAUGCGACCCAUCUCUGCCCAUUUGUUUCUCCUCUUCUGUCUCUGUGUUUCUCCCUCUCUCUGAAGUCUUCGACCCCCGAGAGCCCGAAGACCCCCUCCAACCCAUGGGACCUUGAGUGAAUGACGGCCCAACUAACACGCCCUUUUGCACCCAAAAUACAAGGACAUGGACAUGGACACAACUCCCAUAAGGAAGACCCUUUUCUUUGAGCGCAUUGCUCAAAGCGGAUCUUUAGUGAACAGCAGCUAAAUAGCAUCACUUAUGCACAUAGACACAUAAUUGAUGAAUGCAAAAUGCAAGACGGAUGCCACUGUCUUCUGCUGAGCCAUUUCUCGAUGUUGACACAAUGAAAAUUAGACACGUCUUGUGUUGUGAGGCCGGUUACAAGUGAGGAUGGAAGAGGUUUACCAGGAAGGGAGGCAAACCAAGCUGGACAGACUCAAAUGGAGAGGUGAUGGAUGACUCCCAUCAUAACCACCCAUUUUCCGAACCAAAUGUUGAAAAUGCAGAAAGAGCCAAAUGUUAAAAACAAAGCAAAAAAAAAGAAAGAAAAAACCCCCGCUCUUGCCAACUGUGUGGAAGGGUGGCAUCAGUAAAACCACCUCCAUACCACAGAGCCUCAUCACCCCGGGCCUACAUGCGUAUAUUCACACCAUCGCUUUCAAGUCUCUGAACUGAAGACAGACGUUUUGUUGCAGCACACCAGCUCUGUGUUUUGCUCGGAAUCAAUCGGAUGUGAAGCAAUGCCUUUAUUUAGAGGAGGGACCUUUUUGUUGUGAUAAAGACAACCUCUAAACAUCUGGGCUCAGUGGUCUCUGUACCUCCCCUGUCCUCUCAGCGGAGACGAGGUGGGGGUGCGUUUAUUGUGAGUGUGUCCACUCUGAGGCCCCUGGUCCAUUUAUUUCUUUCUUUAUUGAGGUUGAUGUGGCGAGUGAGCGCAAAGCAAGACCUGGAAACAAAAGGGGAGAACAUGCUGGCUGAUGUCACGGAGUGAGCGUCCUCUCUUUGCCUGUGAAUUUGUACAAUUUGUUUUCUGUAUGUUUGAGUGAGAAUUGUUAUAUAUUUUAAUGUUUACGUUUGUUUGUGUGUUUUGCAUUGACCUCUGCUUUCACUUGUACUGUUGCCGUUUCUUGUUUUGUUUUGUUUUUUCUAUCUGGUGAUUUUGUCAUUACUGUUACUAUUAUUAUUGCAUCGUAACUAUUGUUUCAUUAUUUUGUUGUAUUUUCAUUUGGCAACUUUGGAGGCAUGUUGUGCAUUACAAAAAAAACCGAAUUAUAAAUCUAUAUGCACAUACAUAUAUACAGGUAACAUGUAUAUAUAAGUGUAUGUACCAUGAUUGUAAAGUUUGAAUGUCUGCAGAUUUUAAUGGAAUAUUUUUGUCAAUGAAGAACAAGAUAAAAUGUUACUGAGGUUUAGUUUUAAAAUAAAUAUUUUUCUAAAGGAACACAAAAAAAACUAUAAUGAAUUUAAAGUACUGCCCUGUCCCAUGAAGCACGAUGUCACUGCAUCUUUCAAGGUGUAUUUAUGUUUUAUAAACAAUAUAAAGCACUAUCCAAGUUACAUUAAAUGUACGUUUAUAAUUACGAUGUUAGAAGGUUGUGAUAAUGCCUUUGUUUUGUUUGUUUUUUCUCUGUGAGGUCUGUCCCAAAGCUACUGACACCUUAAUGCCACUUGAUCCUUAGCAGGUGCAAAAUGAGGGCAAAAAAAAUAGUGUGAUUGAAUGUCAAUACAGAUAUUAAAAGUGUUCAGAAUACAACAUGACUUAACUGUUUCAUUUAAGUAUGCAUUUCUGUGCAGUGUAAACAUAUCACUUAAUAACAUUGUUAUUUCCUAACUGAAACGUGUGUUUAAAGGACAACCGCAAAUUUGGCCUUCAUAUGAACAUUAUCAUGUUAAUCCAUUCUUGUACUCAAACAAAUAUGUUGUCGAAUUGAGAUUAAUAUUUCUUGUGAUUGUAUUUUCUGGAUAAGAAGCUUUAUUUUCAAUAAAUAAACAUGUUUAUUUAAAAAGAAUGGCUAAAUGAAUGGUCUAAACGUGGCUCUUGGUGGUCAGACGAUGGGCAGACCUCAAUUUUUUAAAUGUUGAUUAAGGACUGUGUUUGUACAGAUGUCGGAGAGGCUUUUCAUUUCUCUCAAAAUGCAAAUGUGAUGAGAAUAUGUUCUGUCGUCAGAAUAAGCAUAAAACAUAUUCAAUAGUUCUCAUGUAUAUAGGUUUUUGUGGUGCUACUUAUAGUAUGAUGGCAAGGCAGUGCUUCACAUUGUAUGGUAGAAGGUUACACAUUGCUGUUGCUGAGGCUCCAUACAAAUGAACACACUGCUUGUCUCAUUAGGAUGUUUAAUGCAGAAUGGCUGCCAAUAACACAGUGAAUUCCCAGCAGCUGAAGCUCCGAGAGCCCAGUAAUCACUCUGUGAUUUCAUUAUGGUUUAAUAUUAAUUGCCUGCAACAUCUUUAAGUGUGAUAAACAGAUCUCAGAGGGCCCUCGUACUGUACUUGCACUCCACACUUGUGCCCCAGAUCACCACACAACAUAGUAGACUCAUUCUUUCAUCUAAUUUAUUUGCCUUGGGUUCCAUUGAAUUUGUUUUACAUCAUUUUUCCUGUAAGCUUGGAAUCACAAUUGGGUUGCUGAAAAAAAAAAAGAGAAAUAUUUAGCUGCAGUUAUAAAACAGAGAAACUGCCUGCUAUUACUUGUACUUUAUAAUGGCUACCUUAGUGUUAUCUGAACAAGAGCUUUCUUAUUUUUCUAUUGAGGUGAAUGUUGCUACAGUAUGUAUUUCUAUUUUUCCACAAGUCCCAUAUACACUCUACAUUCCAUAUAUUCCCUGGUAUGAAAUGCAAUACUUGUUAUCCUCUCUGAUAAACAUAAUGUAGCAAAUCAUGCAGUGCUCAAACUGACUGCUACUUUAUGUCAAGUGUGAUGAUAUAUUGCUUUAACUAUCAUUUUUUGUUACAAUAUUAAACGUUAUCCUUAAUACUUAUUGCAACAUUUGGGUUUGAUCUUCCUGAACAAAUAUUUUUCAUUUGUUAAUGAUGUGCAGAAACACGAGCAAGGUAUUUAAAAAGUCAAUGCUUAUUUUCUGAUCCAUUCCUUUGAUCAAUGUUUCAUCUUUUUUUUUGUCUUUAUUUACUCUGUAUUUCUUUGUCUGGACAAAAAAGUUGCAAUUUUGUCACAUUUGGAAAAAGAAGAUAUGUUGAAGUUACAACAGUUAAAAGCCCAAAGAAACUUUUUUUCUAGAUGUGACAUUGUAAAACGUAAAAGACAUAUACUGUAUUAUUUAGGGCGUAUAGAUAAUUACAUAACUUCAUGAAGGUGCUCUAAUAUCAAAUUGUCUAUUUUUUCAGUGCAUAUAAUUUAGUUUUUCUGCACACUAUAAUACCUGUUUACUUAGUUUUAUAACUUAAUUUGAACUUAAAAUGACCGAAUUGUAUGACAAAUUUGCACUGUCUCUUUUUGAAAGUCUCUGAUCUUUCUGUGUCCAUAUUUCAGCUUCUGGCCCUUUUUGCUCUCUUAUAAAAGUUUACAUUGUAGAGAGUUUUUCUCAGUUUCUAGACUGCAAAAGCUGGGUGGGCUGUCUCCUUUAAUGAUGAUUUGACCAAAUGCCAUUCUUUUCCAAUUUGUGAAGAUAUUACAUAAAUAAACGACAUAUUAUAAGGUAAAUGUCUCUCA